AUGACUGUUAUGAGCGCCACUCUCCCCCAACGUCCACUUAGCCUGCGCGAAGUCCUCCUUGUGCACUUUCUGGUCUUCCAAGAAGCUGUGUUGGCGCUGCCGAUUUACGAAUUUGAUUUCACCGGUCCCUUGUCAGGAUAUUCGCCCUACCCCGUCUACGAAUAUCAAUUGCGCCCUAAUCAAGAUCGGGUUCCUGUUGAUAUACGGCAAUUCCACAACGACGAAGUCUACCGAGCGAUCGUCAUGCGGCUCAACUGUGAUAAUUUCUGCGUACGUAUGGAGCGCUUUGUACAGAGCAACAUUCAGAGAUUGCUCAGUACUACAAUCUCAGUUAGCCGCAUCGUCUUCAUGGCAAACUCUCGCUUUCGCACAACAUCCCUGGCUGGAUUACGGCAAGAAGAAAUGCAUUCAUGCCUGCUGGUUACUGAAGACAACCGAGAGAUGAUAUUGGAUGGCACUAUUGACCAAUACGGCCUAAACUGGAGGACGAGUUGGCUCCUGACGAGGGAGGAAGCUAUGGACAGUCACAUGGGUUACAUAGUUCCUAGGAGUGAUAAGGAAUGGGAGGAGAUCCGCGAAUCACUUUUGACAUCAGGUCUUGACUAUGGAUACUGGGCAGAAGGAGGGGUUAUAGAUCGCCGUGUCAAGGACUUGUUUAGGGGACUAGACUGGGAGUCUCUGCGUGGGCUUUCCGAGACAGAGGUUGAGUUUUCUAUUCGCGACAUUGCUCGUAGAAGGUUCUUUAGUGCUUUUGAGGAGGCUAAGUUCAAAGCUCAACUGUAG